CUCUAAAAUCUAAAUUCUAAAAGGACAAGUAGCUCAGCUCUGUGGCUGCGCUGGGAAGGACUGGAUUCUGGCUGAGGACCCUCUCCAGCCAGUUCCUCUCCUGAGACUGAACACCAGACCAGGUACGGGCCUGGUGUUUUCUACAGUGGAUGCAGGUGAGCGCCGAGGAGAGAGGGAAGGAGAGACACACUUUGAAUUAAUCAAAUAAAUGUGCCUGGUUAGCAGCUUGGCAAAGGUUCUCGGGAAGGAGGACUGAGCGCCCCGCGAUCGGAGCCGCCCGGGCCGGUGCGCGCCCGCUCCCGCAGCAUGCCCGGCCCCAGCCUGCUGACCGCGCUGUGCGGCGCGCUGCUCUGCGCCCCCGGCCUGCUGGCCUUCUCGGGUGACUUCUGUGACUCGAGCCAGUGCCUGAAUGGAGGGACCUGCUUGCUGAGCCAGGACAGAGCCCCCUUCUACUGCAUCUGCCCCAAAGGCUUCGCAGGCCUCAUCUGCAAUGAGACUGAGAAAGGUCCCUGUUCCGUAAAUCCCUGCCGCAACAAUGGCGAAUGCCAGGUGUUAGAAAAUCGAGGGGAUGUCUUCGCCCAGUACAUCUGCAAGUGCCCUCGUGGCUACACAGGCGCCCACUGUGAGACCGUCUGCGCCAUGCCGCUGGGCAUGGAGUCGGGUGCCAUCAGCGAUGGGCAGAUCUCCGCCUCGUCCAUGCACUUGGGCUUCAUGGGCUUGCAGCGCUGGGCCCCGGAGCUGGCCCGCCUGCACCGCACGGGCAUUGUCAACGCCUGGACAGCCAGCAACUAUGACAGGAACCCCUGGAUCCAGGUAAACCUGUUGCGGAAGUUCUGGGUGACUGGUGUGGUGACGCAGGGUGCCAGCCGCGCGGGCAGCGCCGAGUAUCUCAAGUCCUUCAAGGUGGCCUACAGCAUCACUGGCCACAAGUUCCAGUUCAUCAAGUCUGCAGAGGGGUUAACAGACAAGAUAUUUUUUGGUAACACGGACAACAAUGGCUUAAAGAUCAACCUGUUUGACACCCCGCUGGAGGUGCAGUACGUGAGGCUGGUGCCCAUCAUCUGCCACCGGGCCUGCACCGUCCGCUUUGAGCUGAUUGGCUGCGAGUUGAACGGCUGCACCGAGCCCCUGGGCAUGAAGGACAACACCAUCCCUGACAAGCAGAUCACGGCCUCCAGCGUCUACCGGACCUGGGGCCUGAGCACCUUCAGCUGGCUCCCCUUCUACGCGCGCCUCGACAGGCAGGGCAAGUUCAACGCCUGGACUGCCCAGAGCAACUCCGCCUCUGAAUGGCUGCAGAUCGACCUGGGCUCCCAGAAGCGGGUGUCUGGCAUCAUCACGCAGGGGGCCCGAGACUUCGGCCACAUCCAGUAUGUGGCCGCCUAUAAGAUAGCCUACAGCGACAACGGCAUGAACUGGACCGAGUACAGCGACCCGGGCGCCAUCGACAGCAAGAUCUUUCCCGGCAACCUGGACAACAACUCCCAUAAGAAGAAUGUGUUCGAAACGCCCUUCGUGGCCCGCUUCGUGCGCAUCCUGCCUGUGGCCUGGCACAACCGCAUCACCCUGCGCGUGGAGCUGCUGGGCUGCUAGCCGAGGCCCGGCCGAGGCGCCCGGAGGGCUGGGGUGAUGCCCCUGCUCCUGCCCUCCUGGCCUUCCUGGGCCUGCUGCCUCCUCCACCCGCGUCCUGACUAGCUGAUGGGGUGGGCUUCUGUCACCUCCCUCCCUCCCUGCCUGUGCCCCCCACCUGCCCCCAGGCCAUCACCCCACCCUCACGCAUGGUGGGAGCUGGUUAGGUCUGGCACCACACCACUCCCCACUCCAGCCCUUUUCCCACACCCCAUGCCCUCUGCUGGAGGCUGGCCGAGGUGCCAGACUGGAGAUAAGAGCCUCCUGCCCCAGCCUCAGGCAAGAUGCUGCUUCCCCACCAGCCCCACCCCCCUCCAGACCUUCUGCCCCUUGUCCUGGAGCCUAUAAAGAGACAGGAGGAGAUGGGCAGACCUCUGGAGAGGGAGGAGAGGAGGCGGGAGGGUGUGGGGUCCUCUGUGCUGGCUCUUUACCCUGAGUACACAGGCAGUUCCCCAAAUAUAUUUAUGUCACCCCCACCCCAAAUUCUUCCUGUGGUUCUUUGUUGCUCCACUGAAAUGGACUUGGGCUAUAGUACCCCCUUGGCGUGUGCGGGCCCCUGCUCCCUUCCACUCUCAGUGCUGCUGGACCCCAGGGUCCUGGUGUCAAGGCUGAGAUGGUGGAACCGCAGAGGAUGGAGCCACUUGGCUCACCGCCUUCCCUACCCUGGGGUCAGCCCCCUUCCACACUGCACAGCCCUGGGCCCCUGGGUGCUGCCUGACACCCUAAGGUGAGGACCCCAGAGGCUCCUGGCACAGCCUUGCCUCCUGGAAGCUGCUACUGCCUUCCCAGCCCUUACUGGGAAGACGGGCGGUGACUGCUGGCAACUUCCCCCCUUGGCAAUUUCUGUUUUCCUGGUAACUGGGGCAGUGGGUGAGGGAAAGGACUGGGCAGCUUUUGCAGCUGUGGGGGUCCAGGGUAGAAUGCAGUGUGGGAGGGAAAGGUCCAGGCCUCUAGGCCUGGCACAUGGGUUCCUAGGAUGUCAAGGACAGGUUGGUUUCUGGGCUGGAAGGAUGGUUCAGGGGUGGCCCUGUAUUACCCCCACACAGGCCAUAAGGAAUUGGCCAGUACGAGGCAGUGUGGGCCAGUGCCCCAGUGAUGGGGGGCGGGGAGGGAGGGCACUGGCACUGUGAGGAGGGACUUAACUGGCUGGAGAAGAGGCUCAUGAACCCACUCAGGCCACAAGAUGCAUUUUCCUUUUUUUUUUUAAAGAUUUAUUUAUUUAUGCAUACAAGAACAGGGUACAGGCCAGAGGUGCGGGCGGUUAGAGGAUUCACCAGAGACAGAGUGGGGAACAGACCAGGCAGACUGACUGAAAUACAUUGCUGAGGGGAGAAGCAGGUGAGGCAGGCAGGGUCUGCUGAGCCAUGUGGGUUUCUCCUUGGCCAGGGAUCAAUUUGUGCUACAAUGACUGUCAUUAGCUUCACAGGUUGCGUCUUAAACCCUUGUGCCACCAGGGAGGCCCAAGCUGCAUUUUCUGGAACAAACUUUGGGGAGAUCUGGCCGCUGGGCUGUCAGAGGGAAGGUGCGGCUUUGGUGGAACCUCAUCAGGAAUGUAGUAUGGAAGUGGCUCCUUCCUGAGAGCUGUCCGUCCCAGGGCUUCUUGGGGGAUCAGAAGACAAGGGUGAUCUCCCUGGGAACUGGGAGGGGAGGCCUUCCGCCUCUGGCUGGCCCUGUGGCAGGCGGGCUCCAGACAGGGACCUCUUACCAGCCAGAAGACCCCAGGAUCCUUCCACCAUCUCCCAACACUUCCUUCCUCAUCUUUGCAGUCCUGGGUGUUAGGGGGAAAGGAUGUCCUGAGCUAAUUCCAUACAGGCUUUGUGGGCUCCACCCCCACUCCAGACCAAAGCCAUCAAGACAUUGGAAAUGACAAAUCCCAUCACCACCAAAGAGAGGGUGGCUGGGACCUGAGGGUGGAGUUAAACUGGCAGGUUUAGUAUAAAACCAGACAUGUGGGCCUUGGGUCUCUCUCUUGGCCUCCUGGCUCUUGGCCAGCUCUCAGCAUGCCAUUGGGAUUCCAGGUCAGCGGAACAGGUAGGAUGCAUUCAUGAGUUUAUCUCCUUUUUCUCCCUGAGUUAUUCAUUUCUUCAUUUUCCCUUUCUUUUGUAAAUAAACCUUUUAUUAACCUUUUGUGUGCACCUGCAGUGGAAUAUUAAUAAGCCCCUUUUUAAGUGUGCGCGGGUGAGGACCCACAGUCAGGCAACCCGUUUUAUAUUGGGGUUGCCCUGUCACAAGUUUGACGCCCAACAUGGUUUCCAAGUUACACCCGUGGUUGACCAGUCCAAAGUAACUCCUUGUGUUGUUCACCAUAAGUGCACUAGGUCUGCAGGACACUGGUAAAAGUCUUUGUCCCAGGUCUUGAACAGUUUUUUUUUUUUUUCCCCUCUUGCAUACAGCUGUCUGGUCUUUCAACUGCUAGGGGGUAAGGAUGUCCUGAGCUAGUUCCACACAGCUUUGUGGACUCCACCCCCGACUCCAGACCAAAGCCAUCAAGAUACUGGAAAUGGCAAAUCCCGUCAUCACCAAAGGGAGGGUUGCUGGGACCUGAGCAUGGAGUUAAGCAGCCAGGUUUGGUAUAAAACCAGACACGUGGGCCUUAGGGGGCUCUCUUGGCUCUCUGCUAGCUGGUGCGAGCCAGGCUACCCAUGCUGUUUGACAGGGUCCAGGCAGGGGAGAAAUUCCUGAAAGGUCGGGAAGCUCCGCAGCUGGCUCCUGCAACUUCCUUUCAUUUGUUUAUGGCAGUUUUCACAAUCUUGGGAAUUUUCUAUAAAGCUUUAAAAUGACAUUAUGAGUACUGACGUUAAUGCUAGUUUCAGUAAUGCACACUCCAGCAGUUUAAAAAAUGUACAUUCCAACAUAAUUGAUAAUGUGACGAUUACCAAUAUUUCUCCACAUCCCCCGAUUUGUAAAUCAUCUACCAUGAGCAUUGCUAAAAUCUUUAACAAAUUAUGCUUGAAGGAACUAUUGGAACCAAGCCUGGUAGAAGUCCUCACAAGAGGAGGCACUGAGGCGCCCCAGAGACAAAUUGGUCUGAAAAAAAUGUACCACAUACUGUUCCCACAGUAGGGGGACCCAUAGUCCCAACAAACAAACUAGGAAGCUGCUUUUUCAUCUUACAAUGCCUGCUUGACCUUUCUGUAGUUAACUAGCUUGACCACAUAAGUCAUGCUCUGUCUAGCUCUUGUUUCUAGUUCUGAGAAAUUUACUUAAAGAAAAAAUGUAAUCAGGUUAAUCGUAGACUAAGAAAUUUGAGUAAAGAUUGUGCACUGUAAAUAAUUUAAAAAUAACCUCUAGAGAAUGUAAAACUAAAAUCCCAUGAUUGAUGAUGUAAUGAUCAAAUAACAAAUUUCUAAUGUAUAAAUAAAGCUCCACUGAGGCUAUCAGUAGGAGAUACUUGUCACCCUGAUUGUCAGUGUCUCCUCAUUCCCUCAUUUCCGCUGACGCUGUCCUUUCCUUCGUGGACCCUGCCUUGGCUGGAGCUGGACUCUGGCAGCUAGGUCUCAGCGUGCCAUUGGGAGUCCAGGUUGGUGGAACAGGUAGGUCGCAUUUAAGACUUUGUCUCCCUCUUUUCUCCCUGAGUUGUACAUUUCCUCAUUUUCCAUUCCC